ACUCAUUUUAUUGUAAUCAUUGAAUCAAAUUUUUGUAAGAUCCCAGAUGGAAUCGAAUCAAAACAGGUCAAUCAGUAUCAACGAAGUCAAACCGUAUCAACCGCAUUCAUCAAUCUCUACAGUACACCUCAAAAUCAUCAAAAGACAAAGUGCUCUAGUGACCAUGUCUUCAAACUUCAAGCCCAAACCCGAUCCCGUUUCCUCCUCGUCUCCGAUACAAAACUUCGAGGAAAUGUACUCUGCUAUAGGUGGCACAUAUGAGAAGGCUUUUGCGCAGGAUGAGGGAUUAUUGAAAUUUCUUGAGAGGGUUGUUGAGAGUGAGUUCUUUUUGUUUUAGAUUUUGGGUGUUGGAUUUAUUCUUUAAUUGUUCUCCUGGGAGUUUUUUCCUUACGAUUUUGGUUUUUAUCUCGAUAUGCAAUAGCUAGUUCUAUUCGCAUUGUGUUUUGUAAUAUAUCGUCUUUUAUUCCCUUAGAAUAUCUUUCCUAAACUUUCAUCCCACUCGCCAUAACUGCAUUCCCGUCCUAUCCUCAUUUCUAAAUUGAAUAUCAAAUAUUCCCCCGAAUCCCAACUCUUCAAAUAUUUCCCCCUAACACUCCAACAGUCCUCCCCACAAACUCCCAAAUCCUCGAUCUAGGCUGCGGCACCGGCCGUCCCGUGGCUUCCACACUCUCCUCAGCCGGGCACCAAAUCUACGGUUUAGAUUUCUCCCAAACCAUGAUAUCCCUCAGCCAAACCUCGGUUCCCAACGGUAAAUUCGCCAUGGGAGACAUGCGAACCUUUGAUCCGCUUGAGCAUUGGAGUUCUGAUCUGAAGAAAAUCGAUGGAAGUUUCGAUGCUAUCUUUACCAUCCUUUCUCUAUUUGCGCUUUCUCGCUCUGAAAUUGAAGCUUUGGGUUCUAAAUGGCGAGAUUGGGUUAAAGUGGGCGGUUUUAUUUGCAUUUGUACGAUUGCGGCUGAGGAUUUACAGCCGAGGGACGGAGAGCAGAAGGGAGAUGGGGAGGGAAAAGGAUAUGAUGAGGAUGGAUUUGGUUGUCGAGGUAUAGAGGGCAGAUUUAUGGGAAAUGUAGUUACGUUUUCGCUGUUUACAAGAGAGGGGUGGAGAUGGUUGCUGAAGGAAAAUGGGUUUGAGAUUGUGGAGGAGUGGAACAAUGUUUAUCAACCUCCAAAGGAGGCGGAUAGUGAAGAUGAACCGCAUUUGUUUUUGUUGGCUAGGAGGGUAUAGAUUGUGGGGUUUAGCGGAUGGGAGAGGGGUGUUGGAUUAUGGAUGGUGGUGAUGUAUGCUUAAUUUCUGGACUCUUCGAUUCCGGUGCAGAGAAUAAAUGGAAUGAGGCAUUGCUCAGAUUCACCAUAUGCAAAGGACAAAUUGAUAUAUUAGAUUAUAUUUAACAUAGAUGAAAUAGAUACUCAAUUCCUUCAACCU